GAGAGAGUAUAGAAAUGUCGGUGCGCGAUGUUGGAAUUUUUGGUAUAUAUCUGUCACAAAUGCGGAUUAGAGAAAGUUUAUAAAAGCCCGGUGCAAUUAGCGACUAGCAGUUAGUUUAAAUAAUAAUACUUCUUGUACCAGUUGACUUCCCCGAAAAUCAACACAUUCGCAAUAAUUACUAAACUGUUAACGUUGUAAACAGUUCCAAAGUUGAAGUUAUAUUUGAGGAGCGCCUGAUAAUGCUUCAAAGCCAUAGUGCAGACUUGGAAUUACGUAGUCGAAAAUGCGGAAAGCAGCCAAGCAACAACAAACCAGACGACGUUGACGACACUUCGUCUUGGUCGGAUGAAGCGCAGACAACAAGGAGACCCAGCACAGAACACACUCAGUCAAUGGACAAUACCCAAGUGGCCGAAAUGUCAACGACUAGCAAAUCAACGCCGCAUCGCAGUAGUCUUGGCAAAAGUUCCAUUGAAGAUUUGGACGUCGUUGACGGGAACGAUAUGUGGCGCAAUGAGCUGAAACAAAACGACGAGCUGCUGCCAGAAGCGGAACCGGAUCAAGAUCCGCCAGUGCCCGCCCGUAGAAAGAAGUAUAGCGAUGUGGUGGACAUUGUCAUACGCAUUGUGAUUACGCUGAUUUUUUUUAAACUGGAAACAAUGUCCGCAUUUCGGCGACAAAUCCACUCCGAGGAGCUGUGGCUGUACAAAAAUCCACCCCGACCGGAUAUCGUUAGGGGCGGCGAUCUGUUAUUUUUUGUUAUAGCCGUGCCGUUGUUACUUACAAUAAUAUUCUACAUAUUUACCAAGGAUCGCAGGGAUUUUCGGGCAGCCAGCUGGGCAUGGACAUUGGCGGUGUGCUCGAAUGCCGUACCCACGAGUCUGUUGAAGAUUAGCGUGGGACGACCACGUCCUGACUUCUUUUAUCGUUGCUUUCCUGAUGGUGUCAUGGUGCUAAACGAGACCACCGACGCGAUUGGCAGCUCAUUGCUCGAUUUUAAUUGCACGGGCAUCCCUAGUGUGAUAAACGAGGGCCGCAAAAGCUUCCCUAGUGGCCAUUCGUCCUUUGCCUUUGCCAGCUUUGGAUUUGUUACCUACUAUGUUGGUUCCAAGUUGCAGGCUUUCGAUGCACGCGGACGGGGCCACACUUGGCGUCUAUUCAUUGCCAUUAUGCCUCUUAUUGUGGCCGCCUUGGUAGCCGUCAGUCGCACCUGUGACUAUCAUCAUCAUUGGCAAGAUGUGGUAGUGGGCGCACUAAUCGGCCUGGCCACCGGAUACAUUAGCUACCGGCAAUAUUAUCCCUCAAUAUUCUCGACCGACGCGGGCAGACCCUUUGUUCGCUGGCCAAGACACACGCGCUUGGAGGCAGGUUCAGUGGAAAAUGCUGGUGAUGAAAUGUGUAGGCCAUUGCUUGGUAAGCAGACAAGCAAAUGGCGCUGAAGAACAUCCCAAGGAACCAACAUCAAACAAGUAUUGCUAAGGUCAACAAAAGUGCAUGCGGUUUCCAAUUAGUGACUUAAUGACUUGCGAAGUCGAAGCUGUAUUCCUUAAGGUAAACCAUGCCAAUUAAUGUGGGCUUUAAUGCACAGCUGUGCCGUAUUUUUGUUCAGGUCAGAUGUAGUACGUAGUACUCGUAACAUAGUAUAGUCGGUUACACUAAUGAAAGAAGUUGUUAUUCUAGUUCAAUUGCUAGACUUAGUAUCAGGAGUGGAGAAAUCAAUAAUUAAAUGUUAAAUUUUGUGGGAGCAAACAAUGAAGCUAAGUAUGAAGAAGCUUGAAUAUGUGUAUCUAUAAGUAUAAAAUAUUAAUCAUUAAUAGAUUUCA